AUGCUGCUCUCUGAAAAGCAAGGGCCUCAAUGGAUUGAUAUCAGAAAUAAUAAAACUAGUUGGAGCUGUGUUUAUAAUUCUCAAACUAGCAGUAUAAAUCAUUAUUUGGGGUCUGUUUAUAAAAAAUAUGAAAAGAAAUUAUUAUUUGAUAUACUUAUUUGUAUUGAACUUUUUAAAUAUUCUUACACUGGUAAUCGCAUUCGUAAUACUAUUAUUUCUAAAAUUACAUCUUUAGAUUUAAUUGAUAAAGUUAAAGUAGCAGUUACUGAUAAUGGUUUCAAUAUAGUAAAGGCAAUUCGUGAGUGGAAAAUGUUAAGCAUAUACAAAAAAUUAAGUAGUUUUUUUAAUUCUUCUAAACAAAAUGAGAGAUUAGAAGAAGCACAACAUCAAUUAUUAUCAAGAUAUGAAGAUCUAGAAGCUAAUCAAGAUGACAUGCUUAAUUAUUUACUUGAACUUCUCAAACCAAUCGAAGAAGCAACAGAAUGGCUUAGUAGCCAAAAGUAUUGCAUGUUGUCACUAAUAUAUCCUACUAUGCAAGUUUUAAAAUAUGACUAUGUUGUAGCCAAAGAAAAUGAUGAAGGUAUUUUAUUUUUAUUCUUUUGUUGA